GCUUUACGAUGCGUGUUGGAUAAGGCCACUCGGAGACAUUCCAUUUAUUAGGGUUUGAGUUCUCGGAGAAGAAGAGGAAGAACUUGCAAGGAGCAGCAUGGCGGGAGAAAGUGGCAAUGCUCAAAAGAGCGAUGUUUACAUCGUCCACAUGGCGAAAUCGGGCGAGGAGAGCCCCAACGCUUUGGAAGCCAAGCAGCUAGACGUGCUAGCCUCGGUUCUUGGAAGCCCCGACGCGGCCAAGGACGCGAUCCUCUACCACUACAAGCACUCGAUGCACGGGUUCUCCGCCAAGCUCACGGCGGAUCAAGCCAAGGCGAUCUCCGAGCUUCCAGGAGUCCUCCAGGUGCAUGUAAGCCAAACAUAUCAACUCCAUGGCGGCGGGGCAACACCAACUGUGCAAGAGGCUUCUUGAGAAUUGUUUACAUUUUCCCAGGAAAGAAGUGUCAUGUAAAUCUAUACUACUAGUAAUAAUAAGGUGGUAUCAAGGUUUUGAUUUUAAAGAAUGGCAGAUGGUUUUGGUUUUGUCCAGGCGACCCGGUCAACAUGGAUGAUGAUGGUCAAUUCAUGAAUCCAUCAAAAAAUUUCUAAAGGUAUGGGGCCCUAACCAAACGCGGGCUUUGGUGAGCGAGCGUGUUGUUUUUUUAUUUCUAGAGAUUUCUGGGAGAAACAUGACGUGGGUCUUACUCAAGCACAAGCAUCGACAGUGUCACAUGCUGAUUUACCAUUCCUUUCGGAAGGUGGUAAUAGUAGAUUCCUUGGUUUCUUAUCUGCUGGGGAAUCUUACAACAUUGGGAUGUAGUCGACCGAAAGAGGAAGGGCUGUGAUUGAGGGGAGGAGUUUUGGCCCGCAAGGUAAGUUGGAAAGAGAUCAGACCAGAGCUAUACUUGUCUUGAGGUUUUAACAGCUACUAUGGCACUGGAUCUCAUCAUACCUCCGAAGUUUGUGGUCAAUUCUCAUGAAUGGCUGAUUCUUUGGGAUGUCUUGUAGAGGCUAAAAGAAGUUCCGGCGCGAAUCACGGCUGGGUGCUUAUAAAGAUAGACCAUUUGCUUCCAUGGCUGUUGACAAGAUCGACGAGGAGGAAGCAUUUAGCCGCGGAAAAGAGAAUGUGGAUGAGGAUUGGGAUGAUCAGCCCAAGGUAACAAUGCAUUUCAGAUUGGGGGAAGUGUGUUGCGAGGCUAAUGCAAAGACUAUCAAAGCCAAACUGGAAGCCAUCCGAGGCAUAGACGAGGUUCGCGUGGAUCACAAGCUCAAGAAGGUGACGAUCAAGAGCUCAAAACUGGCGGCAAAGGGAGUAAUAGACAUUAUCUCCAAGUUUCGUGGAGUACAGUUGGAGCCAUGGAAAGAACAAAUGGCUGUUCCUUCCAAAAGAAUUCAUAUUGUUGAAGUGAUUAAACGUGAAGAUCCACCGAUGAGGGCGAGAAUGGCUGUUCAUCACCCAAACCAAGGCCAGAUCUUCGUCUACACAACCAGCGACUGCUACGAAACGUGGUACGAAUCAAAAGACGCCAGAUUCUAAGAAUGAGUAGAUUCUGUCAUCAAAUAUAUUAAUAAUCUAAACGGCCUUAGAAAUAAUUUACUUAUAAA